UAUCACUACAUUAUUGGUAAUCAUAGAAUUGUAUUACAGUUCUAUGUAACUGUAUUGGUACAGUUGUUGGUUUAUUUUCAAAUGACAGGGAAAAUGUGGUUGAAAUUGAUGUGAUGCUCUGAAGGAAAAGGUGAUCUGAUUUCAGUAAAACCUGGUUUAUACAUGAGGACCAUUGCCAGGCUUUGGCUUCAGUGCUUCCUAGUCUUCUGCUCUCCUAGACUUCUGGUGAGGGGUGAAGAGUUCACUGUGAGUCCUGCUGUGGAACAUUUCCCACAGCAGUUAAACUAGCUUCAGGUAGAGGCUGCAGGGCUUCCUUUGCUUGCCAGUUUCGUAAUGUCCUUUUUAGGAAAUUUGUCCCUUUCAUCUAAGUUACUGGUACAGUUGCUUAUGCUGGCCCUUUAGGGUAUUCCCAGUGCAGAUAGAAUCUGUAGUGAAACAUCUUUUUUCAUCCCUGAUAGGAGAGUGAGGCAUGGCCUGUGGAUAUACAGUUGGUGAUGCCUUUACUCAGGGUGUCUCUGGAACAGACCUCUCUUGUUUCUGGGGCUCUGGCCUUCACAGGAAAAUGGGGCCACCAUGCGAAGAGAGCUCCAGGAUUCCGGAGGAGGGUGGUUCUCAACAGGCGUGGCAGAAACUGGAUCCAUAUACCCCAUGCACAGUUAGGAGACGGCCUGGCCUGUCACAGACACUCAGUGAAGACAUGGGGUUUCUUGGGGUUGCACAAUAUUUUGAUGCCUCCUUCAUAGGAAAGUGUCUGAGGACAUUUUGCAUGCCCAGCACUGUGGGAAUAACUGAAUUGGUCCCUCUGCUAUAUGGCAACCAGCUGCCCUUCCUGGGGUUUUAUCCCCAAACCCUCUAGCUCAUGUUUGCAGCUAAGCUGUUGACUUUUAGGCAGAAUUUAUAGCUGUUCUCAGCCUUGUCUACUGCUAGGCUUGGCCUGCUUCCUGGUGCUAAAAGUUCUCUUGUGGCUAGUAAGCGCCUGCUGUCCCAUGUACCUGAGUGCAGCUGGACUCUCUAUAACUGGUGUUUACAGGACAGACUCCAUCAGGCACAUAGACAAUUCUGGGUUUUCUGAAACUCCUCCAUUUGCUGAGAGAAGGGGCCCUUGGGGUCAGGUGGGGUUCCCAGAUUGACUGCUUCUCUCUACCUGCCUUUCUCUAAGGAGGGCAGCCAUUCUUGGCCUAAUGGAUGUGUCCCAAGUGAGCCUGCUGUUAGCAGCAUCCCUCUGCCCUGCAGGCCCCUUAAGCCCUGGCCCAGGCGGGGAGGCCUCUCACUAGGGCCUGUCUUUUUGCUAGUUCUCUUUCAUGGUGGGGGAAGGAAAAGAACCUUGAUUCUUAGUGCGCUCUUAGUCCACUACAGAUACAAUGGCAAAAUACCAGAGACUGGGCAGCCUAAAUGAGACAUUUAUUUCUCUGUUCUGAAGGCUCCAAACCCAAGAUCAAGGUGCUGGUCUAUCCAGUUUCUGGUGAAGACUGCUUCCCAGCUUGUAGAGCCCUACUUACACCUGUACUCUGGAAUGGGAGAGAGCCAGCCACACCAGUGAGAGCUGUAUGGGCUCUCCCCUCAUACUAGGGUUUGAACUCAGGGCUUCAGGCUUGCUGGGUAGGUGCUUAUUGCUUGAUCCAUGCCUGCAGCCCUUUUUGCUCUGGUUAUUUUUGAGAUAGGAUCUCAUGUUUAUGCCAGGGCCAGCCUUGACUAUAGUCCUCCCCAUCCAAGUCUCCUAAGUAGCUAGGAUUACAGGUAUGAGCCGCCAGUGCCAGCUGUAUGGCCUUGUUUGUUAGGACUCCUGUCCAGUGGGUUCAUGGUCUCAUCCUAUGACCUCAUCUAACCUCAGUUGCUUCCUUUCAGGCCCCUCUCCAAGUAUGGUCACUCGGAGGGGUUGGAACUCCAGCAUGUUAAUUUUGGGGACACAGACAUUCUGUCCACAACAGGGGUCUUUACUGUGGUCAGCUGUGGGCUUGGGAUUUCCUCUUAGAGACCAUCAUCUGCUCUCUCCUCUGUGCUGAAUGUGGAAGCUUUUAGCACUCUCUCUCUUUCUCUGACUCUCUUGCUGUCUCAGGAACACCCAGUCCGGGAGCCGUCUGUGUUUCAGGUACCAGUGACCUUUGAUGAUGUGGCCGUAUACUUCUCAAGGAAAGAAUGGGAGGGUCUUGGGCUCCACCAGAGGGCCCUCUAGCGGACGUGAUGCUGGACAAUUUUAGGACCUUGGCUGCACUGGGAUUCUGUGGCCCCAGACCAGACCUUGUCUCCUGCUUGUAGCAGUGGGAUGAGCCAUGGCUUAAGGAUUGGGAGAGACCUGAGUUACAUGUCCACACAGAUCCUCUUGGAAGUGAGAUCAAGCAGUUGCAUGACCCUGAGACAAGCUGGGAGGUCUCUGGGUUGUGUGGAGCCCCAGGCUGGGGAGGAUGUCAGGUCCCUGGUUGGAGGGAAGCUUACAGCUCAGAGGGGGCCGUGAAGCCUAUUGAUCAUAAGAGACGCUGCAAUCGGCUGGCCUGGGCUCAGGAGAGAAUCCACCUACAGGCAGGAGCCAGGAGAGGAACUCCCUUCAAGGAAAGGAUCCUCCAGACUAAAGUGCCAGGGGUCAAGUCCAGGGCCUCGGACUUGACCAUGAGCGCUCCCGUGAGCUACACCUCUGACCCCAAAUCUGCGCAGAGAGCAUCAUUGAAUGUUGUAUGGAGGAUACAGCGUAGGCUGCAGGGGGGAGUCCGGCUGCAUUCAGUCAACCACGAUCUGGGGUUCCAGCCGUGUCAUCGAGCACAUCGCCGUGCAAGUCCGCGCCCGCCGAUCGCUAUGUGCGCCGCCGAGGUGGACCGCCACAUAGCCCAGAGAUACCGGCUCAAGCGGCGGCUCGGGAAGGGGGCCUACGGCAUUGUGUGGAAGGCGGUGGAUCGGAAGACUGGUGAGAUCGUGGCCAUCAAGAAAAUCUUUGAUGCCUUCAGGGACCAGACAGAUGCUCAGAGAACGUUCCGGGAAGUCAUGCUCCUCCAGGAGUUUGGGGGCCAUCCCAACAUCAUCCACCUGCUCAACGUGAUCCGUGCGGAGAAUGACAGGGACAUUUACCUGGUGUUUGAGUCAAUGGACACUGACCUGAAUGCUGUCAUCCAGAAGGGCAGCCUGCUGAAGGACAUCCACAAGCGCUACAUUUUCUGUCAGCUGCUGCGGGCCACCAAGUUCAUCCACUCAGGCUGUGUCAUUCACCGAGACCAGAAGCCAUCCAACGUUCUUCUGGAUGCCACCUGCUUGGUGAAGCUCUGUGACUUUGGCCUGGCCCGCUCCCUAAGCGACCUCCCUGAGGGGCCUGAGGGCCAGGCCCUGACAGAAUAUGUGGCCACACGCUGGUACCGAGCACCUGAGGUGCUGCUGUGCUCCAGAUGGUACACCCCUGCGGUGGACAUGUGGAGCCUGGGCUGCAUCCUGGGAGAGAUGCUGCGAGGGCAGCCCCUGUUCCCGGGCACGUCCACCCUCCACCAGCUGGAGCUGAUUCUACAGACCAUCCCGCCACCAUCUGAGGAGGACCUCUUGGCUCUCGGCUCAGACUACAGUACCUUGAUUCUGCCCCGCCUGGGGUCUGGGCCACGGCGGACUCUGGACGCCCUCCUGCCACCGGACACCCCGCCAGAGGCCCUGGACCUCCUCAGCCGGCUCCUGGUGUUUGCCCCGGACAAGCGGCUUAGCGCCGCCCAGGCGCUGCAGCACCCCUACGUGCAGAGGUUCCACUGUCCCGACCGGGAGUGGACACGCGGGGCGGACGUGCGGCUCCCUGUGCACGAAGGAGACCGGCUGUCCGCACCCGAGUACCGCAACCGCCUCUACCAGAUGAUCCUGGAGCCGAGGGGCAGCAGCGGCGGCCCAAGAGACGACGGCCUGGGGGACGCUGCUUCGGGGGCCGAGCCCGGCGCCUCCCGGGCCCGGGCGCGCCCGCUCAAGCCCAGAUCCGGCCCGCGGCUCGCGCCGAACCCUGGACCCCAGCCUCAGAUUAGCCCGGAUCACGACCCCGAGCACGAAAACCCCGGCACAGCCGGGGACGUUCCCAGGCUGAGCUCGGCUCCCUUGCACCAACCUCCUCCCUCAGGCAGGGGGGACAGGUCUCCUAGGGGGACAGCGGAGCCCGCCUCCGGGGUAAGUCGUGCUGGGUGGGCACGGAGGACCCCGACCGCGGUACCCGUCAGUGACCCCGGACGCGCCCCUUCUCAGGUGAAGCCAAGUGUGAGAGGGGCGAUGCCCUCCCUGAGCUCGCAGGUCGCCGCCCAGGCGGUCAACCAGGCCCUGAUCCGUAGCGAUCCGGCCAGGGGCGGUGGGCGACGGGCGGCCUGCACGCGAAGGGUGAGCCUAGCCCCAGGCCUUCCCGGCACCCUCCAGUGCCCGUCCACACCCCUUCGGGUCCCCCCUCCCCGCGCCCUCCUGACCGUGACUCUCACCUGGUUCAGGUCCCUCCCCAGCUGCCCCAGGAGGCCCUGCAGCCCCGACCUGGACGCAGGAUGUUCAGCGGCUCGGUUUCCCAGGGGGUCCAGGGCGCUGCCAGGGCCGCGCUGGGUGGCUACUCGCAGGCCUACGGGACCGUGUGCCACUCCGCAUUGGGCCGCCUGCCCCUGAUCCCCGGACCCCGCGUGUGAGCUGGUCACCGCUGUCCAGUCCCCAGCGCUCCUACCCGCUUUUCUGGGGGGCUCUGGGGGGAACUUUUCUGGGUCUGUUUGGGGGAGUAGAUGAGGUUCCCAGCCCAGCCCCAGCGACUUCCUCCAAUAAAGGUUUGUUUGCCCCUGCCCAACUAGCUUCUUUCACCCACUCCCUUCUGAG